AUGUGCUCCUCUCCUUUUCAUCCUCCGCAGGAACCGGAAGUAGGUGGGGGAAAAACGGGAAGCCGGUCUUUACUCGGCGCCUGCCUUGGGCAGCCAUCUUGGAGGGUCGCGGCGGCGGUGGCGGCGGCGGGGAGAGCGCCUGAGGGACCCAGCGAGACGCCCAGGCUGAGAGGCCGACUCCGGCUCCGGCUCCCCUCCUUCCCCCUUUCCCCCGCCCCGAGGCCGCGCAGGGGGGCCCUGAGCCCAGCAGGGAGAGGUGAGUCGAGGAAAGGAGGAGUGGAGGGAGGAGGAAAGAAGGAGCCAGGCAGGCCAAGGAAGGAGGAGCGGGUUUGUGGGGGGAGAAUGUUCUUUUGUUAUUAUGGGGUGCAGCUUCUGGCCUGGGAAGCCGAAUGGCCGUGUCCGACCAAAAGGCCCGCAUCCUUUCUAGGCCGGCGCUUAUGGGGAGCCUCCGAACCCCCUCUCCCUUUGGGGUGGCUCUCCGCAGGAAGUGGGAAAGGCGCGUUGGAAACCACUGCCGCCUGCACUGGCUGGCAGCAGCUCUCCAGGGGUUCGGAGGGCCUUACCUGGAGACGCCGUCGGGGAUUGAACCUGGGGUUUUCGGAGGAGCUCGGCCCCCGAGAUAGGGAUACGGGAAGCUCUGUUUACACCGAGUCCGACCCUUGGCCCAUGUAGCUCAGUAUUGCCUGCACUGACUGGCAGCAGACCCCGGUCAGGGGUCUGUGGGGAGCCCACAACCUCACUCUUCUACAGGGCUUGGGGACAAGGUGCGUUGCAGUUAAGUUUCUGCUUAUAUUACAGAUUGUCGCUUUUGUCCUUCUCAGAGUAGGUGCAUAAAAACCAAUGGACACCAAUGACCAGAGAUUCAUUGAUUUCGACACGUCUUAAGUAGAUCUUACUUGGUUGCUGUAACCCAUUGGGCUAUGUAUAUAACCUAGAUUUACUUGGAGUAGGCCCAUUUGGUUAAUCAACCCAUGUUUAUCAAGCCUAUUAAUUUCAGUGAGUCUGCACAGAGCAGGACCAGCACUUUAAACCACCUGUUGCAUUUUUUGAUUCUGGGGUUGGACUUUUAAAAUGUGCUAGCUAACUCUUAAUCUUUGGUAAUACUUUUUAAAACUUUUAAACACUUGUUUUGUAUUGUUAGCUGUAUGUUAAGCUUCUUGCUUUGUGAGGAGAUUUGCUUAAAAAGUGGGUUAAAACCUAAUAAACAAACAGGGCAUGUUUGCAACAGCCCUCCCCUGUGGAAUGAGCUCUAGCAGCUACGGCUUCUGUCCAGUGCUAAUCCUAGUUGGAGUUGACCCAUUGAAAUUAAUGGGCAUUCCAAAUUUAGGUCCAUUGAUUUUAAUGGGCCUGCUCGUGGAUACAACUCAAUAUUUAGAGAUCUUCUGUCUCUGUACACAGAUGUUCUGCUCUGUUCCUGUGUAUCAUGGCCAAGAACCUCAGAAGAGACACCAAAAGUUCUGCCCGGCUCAGUUUUCUGUUUCUGACAGUGUUCAGCUAGAUGCCCCUAGAUAGCCAAUAAGCAAGACAUGAGAGCAACGUUUUCUUCAUGUUGUUUACUCCUCAGGAACUGGUAAUUGAUAUCUUCUGUAGACUGCUUCUGGUUCUUUGAGAGCCGUUGCUACCCAGAGUACUUACCCUAGGCCAUUGUGCCAUUUAGCUAAGGCAGCUUUCUCUGACUUAAUGGAAGGGCCAUGCAUAGCUCAGUAGUAGAGCUAAUGAGAUACAUAUAGAAGAUCCCCUGUUCAGCCUCUAGAGCCUUCAAGUAGUGCUGGCAAAGGCCUUAUCUGGAACCCUGAGGAGCUGCUGCCAGUGUAGACUGUACUGAGCUAGACAGAUCAGUGAGCUGAUCUGGCGUAAGGCAGCUUUCUAUGUUUUUGGGGGUUCUGUAUAGCAAUCAUGAUUGGUAGCCAUUGACAAAUCUAGGUGAUUUUGUCUAACGUUUAAAAACCCCCAUCAAAACUACUGUAUCUCUCUACUCCUGCACUUCCAUCAGAACUUUUGUAUUACUUCUUCAGAAGAUCUAAUUUCCAUCCAGUCCAGCACCCAGUUUCUCACAGUGGCCAACCAGCUGCCUCUGAGAAUCAGGAUCCGAAGCCCUUUUCUCCAUGUUGUUCACCACAGACAGCUGUUCAGAUGUAUUCUUCUGCCUCUGAUCCUGGAGGUGGCAUAUAGUAAUCACAACUAGUUGCCGUUGAAAGCCUUAUCCUUCUGAAUUUGUCUCAUCCCCUUUUAAAGGAAUCCAAGCCAAUGGUUGUUGCCACAUCUUGCAGCAGUCUGUUCCAUAAGUUAAACAUGCAACUGGGUGCACUUCUCAUUAAUGUAUUAUGCAUUAAUGUUACAUUUUUCAGACGAGAAUUGGGCUAGGUGUAGGUCAUCCAGCUUUAAAGAGCUGGUAACCUCCAGCUCUGGUUGUGUAGUGAGAUGUUCCACUCUCUCGCAGCUACUUAGAUAAAUACCUAGCCAAUUUCCAGUGAGAUCUCACCAAAAUCUUGCAAUAGCUUGCCGUAAAUUGGCGCCUGUGCCAGCGGUGCUUCUGCGCCAGUGGCAGAGGUGGCAUGGCGGGCGGUCUGGGGGCGGUGCAGCAGAGCAGGGUGGCACUUCCCAUUUCACCUCAAGCGGUGAAAUGGGACAUGCCGCCCCUGAGGUACACUGCCUCUGACCAUGGAGGUUCUGGCCUCGGCUCUCAUGGAUGAUUGCUGGUGUUUGGCACUAGUUCCCAACAAAGUAUUUGAUCCUUUCCUAAUAACAUCCUCGGUACAUCAGACCAGCCUGUGUAGUCAUCACAUUCCAGAGUGGCCAUUCAAAUGACUGAAUCUUAAACGCAGCAGCCUUCUGUGUUGUUUGUCACUCUGCCACUUGGUCUCACUUCCUCCGCACCUGAAGGUUUUAAUCCCAGCAAAUCAGCUGCCCAACUCGAUCAAACCAAAGGCCCAUAAAGUCCAGCAGCCUGUACAGCCCACAUGACUCUGGGAUGCACACAAAGCAAGAAACGAAGGCCAAAAUGUUCUGUCACUCCUUGACCUCAACGUGUGGUCUUCAGAGGUGCACUGCCAUUGAACAAAGAGCUGUCCUGCCAAAUGUCUGGGAUCUUUGGCACGGGUGGGGGUUAAGAGGUUGCCUUUGAAGAGUUUCUGGAUGUGGAAGGGCAGCCAUCGAUUGGAAUAGCUGAUUCUUAGGCCAUGUACACACCAUAUGUUAAAGCACGCCCCCUGGAAAAAUCCUGGGAACUGUAGUUUAAGGGUGAUCAGAAUUGCAGCUGUGUGAUGGAUUAAACUACGACUCCCAAGUUUCUUUUUUGUGGGGCUGGGGAGAAAUGGCAGGUAUGCAGCCUUAUUAACAACAGUUAAGUCGUCUAGUAACUGCUAACCUAUUUAGGGUUUUUUGUUUUCAGUUUAUUAUGGACCCACACGGACAGGUAAACAGUAACAAAAAUCCAGUAAUACAGUGCUACCUCAGGCUACAUACGCUUCAGGUUACAGACUCUGCCAACCCAGAAAUAGUGCUUCAGGUUAAGAACUUUGCUUCAGGAUGAGAACAGAAAUCGUGCUACGGCAGCAGCAGGAGGCCCCAUUAGCUAAAGUGUUUCUUCAGGUUAAGAACAGUUUCAGGUUAAGAACAGACCUCUGGAACGAAUUAAGUACUUAACCCGAGGUACCACUGUAUAUCCAACUAAAUGCAGGGCAUAUAAAGCCUAAACAUAUUAAAUAAUAACACCCAAUUUGGAACCAUGAAAUCCAUAUUCAUUAAGACGGCAUGGCGAGGGGAGGUACCUGUAAAUCUGAAACUAAACUAUUUGAAAUAAAAUCCCACCAUAUUGAGCAGAAGUGAUCUUCCUGUCCCUUUGGGACCCAUAACGUAUGUGUGUGUUUUUCUGCCGUAACUAGGUUCCAGAGAUUCUUAGGCCAUAAGAAUAAACUCAGAUUUUUAAACGAUUUCCACUGCUGUUCUAUAGAGAUGCUGCUGCCCACAUCCAUGCCAGAAUUUCCUUUUGGCUGCAUCUUUUCAUCAUGCCUGUCUAUGCGUUUAGUAAGGGAAUAACUGAGGAGAAAUGUGAAUGUGCGUUUUAAUAAUCUUUAAUCUCCUGAUAAAUUUAAUUCCAGAAUAAAGCAGGUUUUGACUCUGAUCUACAGAGACCUUUCUCCUCCCCCCCACCCAAACUUUGGUCGGUGGCUUCUCACAAAGCUCAGAAAGCUUAUUGUGUGCCCAUUCACCCCUCCUCUUCCUAAAAAAAUAGUCCUUGAACUUCUGUGGGACAAGCCAAGCUGUUCCUAACUCCCCAACACCCAUUAUGCUUCUUAACGUUCAUUGUGCUGCUGGAUCAAACAGUCAAAACCCUGAGAGCUUUUUUGGAAUAUUUUCUUUGAGCGUGGUGUGCUUAAAGGGAACUUUUAUCAGUUUGACCUUCGAUAACCAAUAUUGCACAAGAAAAUGUUGAGCUUCUUCUCCCCACCCCUCCACUCCUUUCUCUGAGUCCAGAAGCUGCUUCCCUACCCAGAGUGUAAAGUUAAGGCAAAUUAACUGAAAAAAUGAGAAAACAACUCCUUAAGAAAUUUCCUGGAUUCAGAAAAUCUAACUAACUACUGCCCAGCUGCCAAUCUCCUCUUCUUGGGCAAAGUUCUUUAGUGGGUUUACAUGGACCAGACUGAGGUGCUACUGCAGGAAAAUGAUUUUCUACAUCCAUUUAAAUUGGGAUUUAGGCCUGGUUUUGACACAGAAACUGCUCUGGUCACCCUGUAUGUAUGGUGACCUUUGUUGGGAGACAGACAGGGGAAAUGUGUCCUCAUUAAUCCUUUGAGGGCCUUUGCAAAGGCUCUUGUAGGCAGCUGGGACUUGUUAGUGAAGGUUGAUGUUCUGCAGGUGCCAGAAAGGUGGGCAAAAUUGAGGGACAUCGGUCAAAGUUCUGAUUAGCUUGGCACUGCCCUUCCGCUUUCUGCUCUCCUGCAGUUGCUGGGUUCCAGAGCAUUAGAUUGGCAGCUGUUGCUCCUGGUUUGGCAGUGGGUAAUAGAAGCAUUGCAUGUGGUAGAAAGUCUUCUUGCUGGCGCUGUUGAUCUUCUUGCCAUUGGCUGCCAUCUGCCCUGGCAACACAAACAACUUGGGUGUGUGUAUAUAUAAGUUUGGUGAGACAGGAACUGUGUUGUCCUUCCUGGUCUCGACAUUGUCACCAGCUCUACUCCUGCAGCUUGAAGAACUUGUGCUUGAGCGUUGCCUUUUCCUCUUCCCUCCCCCCCCUUUUCCUCAUGUGCUGUGUCUUUUUAGAUUGUGAGUCCUGAGAGCAGGGAAACUUGUCUUUAGUAAUGAUUUUUGUAAGCUGCUCUGAAAGCCUCUUUGGCUGAAAGGGAAGUUUAAAAUGCUGAAAUAAAUAAAUAAGUGUAUUUUCCCUCCCCCCACCCUCUUUAUUGGCAGAUGAGCAGCAAUAGUAAUAAGCGAGCACCCACGACAGCUACCCAGAGACUCAAACAGGACUACCUGCGAAUUAAAAAAGACCCAGUGCCUUAUAUAUGUGCUGAACCUCUACCGUCAAAUAUCCUUGAAUGGUAAGGAAUGGGGGCCAACUGGGCAGGGGUCACAGCCUUUUGGGUUGUCAUCAAUGUUGGUCCUACACGGAGUAGACCCAUUGAAAUGGAUGGACACAGAUAACUUGGGUAGACUGCGUAGGAUUUCAUUGGAUACAGCCCUCUUCUUUAUUUAUGGUGAAAGCGUGCUUGAUGAGAUCAUCCGACAAACACAGAAGCCUGUUGACCCUUAAGGGAGACAUUCCAUGUAUAUCUACAGGCAAUGACCGUCUUGUCCAGGGAUUGCAUUCCUGACCCCCGCACAUGGCAGUGGAGCGCAUGCAACCCUGCUCCACCCCCUUUUCUGGCCAUUUCUGGGGUUGGCGCAGUGCACACAUGCAUGGUUGCAUGUCAGUUGAAAACACCUAAAACAGUUGUUGCCUGCACCCAGAACCUACUUACUGCAUUUAUAUCUCACCUUUCUUCCACAUUGCUCAGUGUGGCACAACUGGUCUUCCCCAUUAAUCUCCACAACGACCCUGUAAGGCAGUCACUGGCUGAAGGUCACCCACACUUACUGGCCGAGUGGGGGUUUGAAGCCUGGUCUCGCAGGCCUCAACCCAGCACUCUUGACCACUAAACCACACUGGUGUGGUGUGUGUGUAAAUGCACAUAACAUGAUGAGACAUGUCACCCGGAGAAAAUUAAUUGCAAGCCUAGGAUCCGUUCUCUUUAUCAAAUGAAUCAUUACCAACAUUGCUCUGUGAUGCCCCAAAUUUAACUGAAAUCGCAUCCACUUGUAAGUGUUUUUAGACAUGGGAUGAUUCUUCUACCCCACAUCACGAAACUAUACAGUGUUUCUGCAGGGCUGCCUAUAGCGAACCUGCUUUUUGAAGUGGGGAUAUAAUAUGUAACUUAUUUCUUUCCUUUUCCCUAUCCCCCUUCCUUGGAAACUGUGCAAUAAAAGCUCUCCCUUUCUCCCUUAGGCACUAUGUUGUACGGGGACCCGAGUUGACGCCGUACGAAGGUAAAUCGCAGCUACCAUUUGAAAUGCCAGAUAAAAAUAAAGCUAGACUAUGAAGUAAAGAAGCCUUAAAAUGCUCUAACCACACCAACAAUACGUGCUUUAGAUCUGUGUCGUUGCUGGUGGUACUUGGUGACUUCCCCCUUCUAUAUCUAAACCAUUUAUAUACAGUGGUACCUCGGGUUACAUACACUUCAGGUUACAUACUCUUCAGGUUACAGACUCCGCUAACCCAGAAAUAGUACCUCAGGUUAAGAACUUUGCUUCAGGAUGAGAACAGAAAUCGUGCAGCGGUGGUGCAGCCGCAGCAGGAGGCUCCAUUAGCUAAAGUGGUGCUUCAGGUUAAGAACAGUUUCAGGUUAAGAACGGACCUCCGGAACGAAUUAAGUAUGUAACCGGAGGUACCACUGUAUAUAAAUGGUUUAGAUAUAGAAGGGGGAAGUCACCAAGUACCACCAGCAACGACACAGAUCUAAAGCACGUAUUGAUGGUGUUGUCAGAGCAUUUUGAGGAAGGCUUGUUUACACUCCCAGAGUGGCUUAUGAAUACCAGUAAGACAUUCCCUGUCCUCUGACCUGCAGUCCUAAAAAACACGACACGAAAGGACAAGAGAGGGGUAAAGCAAACAUGGGCAUCAGUCCUUAGUUCUUGCAGUGAGCUAACUUGGCUGGAAUGGGAAGAUUUGGGGAGGAGGAGGCCAAAGGUGCUUGUCUUUUCAUCAGAGCUGGUAGAGAGCCCCUGCAGUCCGAUCUCUCCCUUUUCCUACAGAUGCUUCUUACUACCCUGGCUAGAUAAGUUUUUUAGAGGCUCCCACAGCCCAUAAAGCUGUAUCUCUCUUUUUGGUGGCCUCAGGCCUGCUUCAUAUUUGACGUGACCAGUUUGAUUGCCGUUGACAGUCAUUUGUAGUUUUUUUGGGGGGUGGUGGUAGCAGGGUGUGUGUGUUUGAAUUGCCGUCGGGUGUUCAGUGCAUCUGCCAGGCUGAUUUUGAGCAAACCUGGACCUCCCCACCUUUGCUGCUAAUUGAAUACGGGUUGUUUUUAUUUCCUUUCUGGCACUUUAGGUGGCUAUUAUCACGGGAAACUAAUCUUCCCCAGAGAAUUUCCUUUCAAACCUCCUAGUAUUUAUAUGAUAACACCGAAUGGAAGAUUUAAAUGCAAUACAAGGUAAGUAGCUUCCUUUAAUGUCUGCCCGUCCUUACCGUUACAGCCAAUGACUUCAAAGCCGAGCAGUGUCUUAUAGAAAGCUGGAUUCUAAAAUCCAAUGCUGGGUGAGGGGUCGGAGGGGGCAAAGUCAGCCCUCAAUACUGUUCCCCCCACCUCACCUCACUCUGAUAUGUUGGAUCUAAGCUGGUCCACAGAUCUCUUUGCCAAGGGGUCCCCCCCCCUUUUGUCCCAUCAGCACAGGAAGCUAGCUUUUGCAGAGGCAAUCUCUAGGCCUAUCUGUAUCCAGACAUUGUCUGCUCUGGCUGACCAAACUUCUCUAGUCUUGGCGAUUCUCAGCUUUGUUAACCUGGGAUCCAUUUAUGUGGCAAAUGAGCCCUCCUGCAUAGAAAGCACAUGCUCUGCUGUUAAACAAGAUGCAAGGUAUAUUUUUGAGCCCAAGGACCUGAGUAUUGUUAAUUUAAUUUCCUUCCUUCCACUCUUACGUUCCCAGAGUGUGGGUUGCAAACAAUUUUAAAUAUAACUUUAAGAACAGUUUAAAACAAAUCACAAACAAUCUGAGGUGUCAGAGGCCAGGCUGAAGCUUUGCAUCUUCAAGAAUUAUAUGCGAUCUAAAUGGAACCACAGCCAGGAAGCUGGCUACUACAUUUUAGCCCAGUUGGAGCUUCAGCGCCAUCUUCAAGGGCAGUCCCACAUAGAGCACAUUGCAGUAAUCCAGUCGGGGGGGCGAGUUAUAGCUUUCCCUUCUAGGCAGCCUCUGGGUGUGAGUGUGUGCAUUUGCCGGUGAUGGGCAGGGCCGGAGGCAAGAGUAGAUUGAAACAGAUAAGAUGGCGAUGGGACCACAUGUGAGCUCUCUUUUCUAGUCACAUUUUAAGCUGUCUCAAGUAGACAAAGUAACCUUUAUCAAAUCCUUCUGAAACCGACUGGGAGCGGCCAGCUUCCACACUCUCAAGCCCGUUUUAAGACACUUCACCUCCUAGAAAACUCGUGCUGUAUAAAGAGCUUGGGAAUUUGCUCAACCCUUUGGGAGAUUUUGGCUUAAUCUGCAGCAGAGACCAGCAAACUUGUUUCUUUGGAGGGAUAAACAAAGUGUUUAUAAAGAACUCCUCAGUGCUAGCUGACGUUAUCGGUGCUCGAGGACACCAUCAUAAACAGGGAAAAGGAAACAGAGAGAGAGAUAAAGAUGCAAGAGAAUGGAUAGAAUUUUCUCUCGUGUAGGGAGGUCUUUGCAAAAUCUGAAAUAAGUGUCAAUAGAUAUUUUGUUAAUAUCCUAAUGCAACCUUUGGUUAAAGAACCACAUGUCACUUGCCAGAAUAUAAUGUGCAGAAGGUGAGAGGAACCUUGAAAGUACUUUUUGGAGGAUCUGCUGUAUUUGAAAGAGGCGGAAAUAGCCAGUGGAUUGAUAGCGCUGCACUGGGGUCUAAUGACUGAGCUACAGUUUCACGCUUGCUUCCUAAUCAGGACUGUUCUUACUGUCUCAGAUACCUAUAUUGAGGUUUAUGUGCCUUGUUGUCUCAUAUACCUUGUGUCAUACAUUUAAACCGUGUCCCGCCCCCAAGAAUCCUGGGAACUGUAGUUUACGCUUGAUAGAACUACAAUUCCCAGCAACUUUAACAACCUACAGUUCACAUGAUUCUUUGGUUGCGGGGAUGCAAAACAUGCUUUCUUUCUCUUGUUUAAAUGAGUGGGGUUUUUGUGGUGGGAGGGAGGCGGUUUGGUAAGAAUGUAGUUCUGAUGCUCUUUGGUGGAGUUUCGUCUAAUUUUGUACUGACCUUUUCCCUUGCAGGUUAUGUCUUUCGAUUACCGACUUCCACCCGGACACGUGGAACCCAGCGUGGUCGGUCUCGACCAUCUUAACAGGCCUUCUUAGUUUUAUGGUUGAAAAAGGUCCCACUCUGGGCAGUAUAGAAACGUCAGAGUUCACAGUAAGUAACCUCCCAGGGCAGGAUCUGCUAGCUGCCUAUGGAAAAUAAAUAACUGAAUGCUGCGGAGGUCCUCCAAGGUUCAGUUGUUUCAUUUGCAAAAAUGCCGGCUCCAAACUGAUGCCCACCUUUAAUUUUUGUUCCCCGUCUCUCAACAGAAAAGGCAGCUUGCGUCGCAGAGUUUAGCAUUUAACGUCAAAGACAAAGUCUUCUGUGAAUUAUUCCCUGACGUGGUGGAGGUAAGCUUGAACAUUUGGAAACUGGUAUUAGCAAAACGGGAUCAAUGUGCAUGGUGCAAUAGUCACAGUUGGCUGUAGGUUACCUCUAGUAUCACAAGAACACAGGAAGUUGCCUUAUACCAAGUCAGACCAUUGGUCCAUCCAGCUCAAUAUUGUCUAUACUGGGAUUUUGGGAUGGAGUCUAUCCCCCCCUCACCAGCCCUACCUGGAAAUGCCAUUGGGGAUUGAACCCGGGACCUUCUGUGUGCAUUGCAGAUGCUCUGCCACUGAGCUCCUGGUUCAUCUUAGUUUGGCAUGUCUGCACUGACUGACUUGUUGCCCAAGGUGCCAUUCGGUGUCACACAAGCUAAACUGACCAAUGCAUCUAAACCAGUAUAAGACGGCCUUUCUGGGCGACCUUGAUGGCAUCAAUUUUAUUGCACCUAGAGGCAGGGGGGGUACCUAGGAAGCUGCCUUACACUGGCUCAGUACCUUGGUCCAUCUAGCUCGGUAUAGUCUACACAGACUGGCACCUUGUACGCCUCCUUCCGGCAACUCAGGACCACAGUACCUCUUUCCAUAUGAACCUACCUGGACCCUGAGAUCAUCUUCUUAGGCCCUUCUCCCUGUGCUGCCUCCUCGAGAGAACGGGCCUUCUCUGCAGUGGCUCCCCAUUUGUGGAAUGCUCUCUCCAGUGAAGUUCUCCUGGGACCUUCAUUAUGCACCUUUCGGUGCCAGGCAAAAACGUUCUUUUUUAACUUGGCCUUUGGUUGAUCUGAUUUACAUCCUAUGCCCUUUAAAAAAUUUUUUUUUUUGGAGUGGGUUAUUGGGUUUUUGUUUUUAUUUAUUUUGUGGUUUUAUGUCUUGAUUUUAUUCUGUGAACAAUCCUACACCAGUGUGGUGUAGUGGUUAAGAGCGGUAGACUCGUAAUCUGGGGAACCGGGUUCGCGUCUCCGCUCCUCCACAUGCAGCUGCUGGGUGACCUUGGGCCAGUCACACUUCUCUGAAGUCUCUCAGCCUCACUCACCUCAAAGAGUGUUUGUUGUGGGGGAGGAAGGGAAAGGAGAAUGUUAGCUGCUUUGAGACUCCCUAGGGUAGUGAUAAAGCGGGAUAUCAAAUCCAAACUCUUUUCUUCUUCCUGAGACUCCCGAGUAUAGGACAGUAUAUAAAUUCAAUUAACAGCAACAACAACAACUGCAGCCAAGCUGGUGCCAGAUGUGUUUGCUCUGCUUUCCUUUGAACUGCAUCAGUGAGGCCAAGAGGCAGGUCUUGUUGUCUGGGCAGCCCAGGACCUCCAUACAAUGCAUACUGCCCAGGCUUGUACCCCAAGGAGGUCACUUCAGCACUGCUGACACAGCAGUUUGACUUCACCCCAGAGGCGCACUCCACUGUCUCUCGAGACAGACUGGUGCCAACAAUGCAAAUGUUGUUUGCUACAGUUUACGGACCUAAUGUGGUGCUUUUGUUUUUAUGUAAGUUGUUACACUAAAUAUUAACGUAUAAUACGGUCCCUGCCUCUCCCCCCCCCCCCCCCCGGUGAUAUUAUGUAUGUGCACAUGUUUCUCUUUAACGCAAGUUGCUUGUAGACCUUUGGGCGGCAAGUGUCUGGUAUCUGCAAUAAACAAAUCGGUUUGUCAGCGCCAGCACAGACGUUGCCCCUCUCUGAUCUCCCUUCCCUGUUUUUCCCCGUCCCAGGAAAUCAAGCAGAAACAAAAGGCGCGAGAAGAUCUCCACAGCCGGCCCCUGACCCUCCCGCUCCCGGACGUCGUCCCCGACGGGGAAGCCCACCACGUCCAGAACGGGCUGCCCCUCCUCAACGGUCACAUCCCAUUGGCCGCUGCCAACAACCACCCUGGCCUGCAGCAGGCCAAUCGGAACCAUGGACUCCUGGGCGGAGCUUUGGCGAACUUGUUUGUUAUAGUCGGCUUUGCGGCCUUCGCCUACACGGUGAAGUACGUCCUGAGGAGCAUAGCGCAGGAGUGA